AGGAGGAUCAGCCUCUUUGCUCUGAUCUUCCUCCUGAGCCUUCCCUUUCUUGUGAUAAGGAUCCCUUUCACUGUUCCGUUCGCUAUUUCCACCCGUUCCUGUUGCCAGCCCUUUCUGCCCAUGUGCCUGCAGAUCUUCCCAGAGCCCUGGUUUGGAUUUGUGUUCCUUCUCCCGGAUGUUCUUGAAUUGGGGUGUGUUCCUCUUAGUGCUAGCUCCUCCUAUCACUUCCCACCCUUUAAUGAUUCUUCUUUCAGUUUCCCAUAUCCCCAAGUGCACUUUCAUUCCUCUGCAAACUUCACAUGGGUAGGAAUCAAGUCUGAUUUUUUUCAACAGUGUAUGCCUAGACAGCAGGCACAGGGCUAGUUGGACACAGAAGGCGAGGACUCAGAGAAUAUCCAUCAGAUGAAAGAAUGACUGCAAGAGUGAACUGAUCCUGCCUGAAGAUGGUGCCACUGGUGGCUGUGGUAUCGGGGCCCCGUGCCCAGCUCUUUGCCUGCCUGCUCAGGCUGGGCACUCAGCAGGCCGGCCCCCUUCAGCUGCACACCGGGGCCAGCCAUGCAGCCAGGAACCAUUAUGAGGUGCUGGUGCUGGGUGGGGGCAGUGGUGGGAUCACCAUGGCCGCCCGCAUGAAGAGGAAAGUGGGUGCAGAGAAUGUGGCCGUUGUUGAGCCCAGUGAGAGACAUUUCUACCAGCCAAUCUGGACACUGGUGGGUGCUGGUGCCAAACAAUUGUCCUCAUCGGGUCGUCCCAUGGCGAGUGUGAUUCCGUCUGGUGUGGAAUGGAUCAAAGCUAGAGUGACUGAGCUGAACCCAGACAAGAACUGCAUUCACACAGACAACGACGAGCAGAUCUCCUACCGAUAUCUUAUUAUUGCUCUCGGAAUCCAGCUGCACUAUGAGAAGAUUAAAGGCCUACCUGAAGGUUUUGCUCAUCCCAAAAUAGGGUCGAAUUAUUCAGUUAAGACUGUAGAGAAGACAUGGAAAGCUCUGCAGGACUUCAAGGAGGGCAAUGCCAUCUUCACCUUCCCAAAUACUCCAGUGAAGUGUGCUGGAGCCCCCCAGAAGAUCAUGUAUUUAUCAGAAGCCUACUUCAGGAAGACAGGGAAGCGAUCCAAGGCCAAUAUCAUUUUCAAUACUUCUCUUGGAGCCAUUUUUGGGGUUAAGAAGUAUGCAGAUGCCCUGCAGGAGAUCAUCCGGGAGCGGAACCUCACUGUUAACUACAAGCAAAACCUCAUUGAAGUCCGAGCCGAUAAACAAGAGGCUGUAUUUGAGAACCUGGACAAACCUGGAGAGACCCAAGUGAUUUCAUAUGAAAUGCUUCAUGUCACACCACCAAUGGGUCCACCAGAUGUCCUCAAGACCAGUCCUGUGGCUGAUGCUGCUGGUUGGGUGGAUGUGGAUAAAGAAACUCUGCAACACAAGAGGUACCCAAAUGUGUUUGGGAUUGGGGACUGCACCAACCUUCCUACGUCAAAGACCGCUGCUGCAGUAGCUGCCCAGUCAGGAAUACUUGAUAGAACAAUUUCUCUGAUUAUGAAGAAUCAAACACCAACAAAGAAGUAUGAUGGCUACACAUCAUGUCCACUGGUGACCGGCUACAACCGUGUGAUUCUUGCCGAGUUUGACUACAAAGCAGAGCCGCUAGAAACCUUCCCCUUUGAUCAAAGCAAAGAGCGCCUUUCCAUGUAUGUCAUGAAAGCUGACCUGAUGCCCUUCCUGUAUUGGAAUAUGAUGCUAAGGGGUUACUGGGGCGGACCAGCAAUUCUGCGCAAGUUGUUUCAUCUGGGUAUGAGUUGAGGAUGGCUCAGCACUUGCUCAUUUGGAUGGCUUCUGGGCCAAAACUGCAGUCACUGAAUGACCAAGAGCAGCACGAACGACUUGGAACCUAUCCUUGUAAAGAGUUUCUUGAUGGAUAAUGGUGACUAAAUGCCUCCCUUUUCAGUACCUUUGAACAGCAACCAUGUGGGCUGCUCAUGACGGGCUUGAUUCUUUGGGAAUAAUAAAACAAAAUAAUGCUUUUAUUUUCUGAAUAA